AUGUUACCCCGCAUAAGCCUAAAUAUUUCAAAAUUAAAGAAAUUAUUUUUAUACCCCAACAGAGCUCAGUUUUUCUACAGCUGUGGUCGCACAAGUCCACUAACGGUGCCAGAAAAAGUCCAAGGUGCAGAACGACCAAGAACGACCAUGCUAGCAGCUCACAAGAGUCCACAUCUUACUGCCCGAGAGAUCCAGACCAUCAUUCCACCACCAGCCCUUAAAGCUAAGACAUCAGAACGAGUAGAAGCCUUAGCUCACCCCAAAGACAGACCAGUAGGUCCCUACAGAGAAUCACAAUGGAUAGUUUCUGAAUCGGCAAAGAAUGCUGCUGCCUCAACAAGAAGUAUGGAAUUAGCUCGCCCGAAAGGUUUAGUGGAGGGAUACCUUCCACAUAAAGAAACAUUGUGGCCAGUUACUAGAGCAGCAAGGAGAGCCACAGCCACUAAUCGCUUAAAUGAACUUUCCCAACCAACAGUCAGAAACUCUAUGGAUCACUUGCAGUUUAAUCCUGAAGCUUUCAUAGUGAAACCAACAGCGUUGAAAGGCACUUGUCCGCGCAGAGUAGACGAAUUAUCGCAACCAAUUCAAAGAUAAUUUUUACAGUAAAUUAUAUUAUUUAUCUAGAAGACAAUCAAAUUAGACAAUUUAUAAACUAAGCCAUAGUAGUUGAAUUUUUAAAUUAAAAAUUCGAAAUAAAAUAGAGUUUAAUAAGGAUUUCUUCAGUGCUUCAUUUAUUUUUUUUCUUUUCUUUUUAUAUAUAUAUUUUGAUGAAAAACUGCUAAAUUCAAGCCUCUAUUAAUAAAAAAGUUUCAAUCUGAUUAAAACACAGAUCCUAUUUCGUUUCGCUUCUUAUAAUUCAAAAUUUAGGUUUACUUGUCUUCACUACACUAGGACCUGGAGGAGUUGUUAUCAUUGACGUGCAGUGGAUGAUAUGAGGGAUUAGCCAAUGAAAUAGUCUGUUACGGCGAGCUUUUGGUGUCAGCUGCACGGAACUAGAAACAUCAAUGCUGGUUGGUUAAUCAAAUAUCUGGCGUCAUACGGUCAAAAGCCGUUCGUAUGACCUCUGACGCGACCUUCCAAAACAACUGGUUAGAUCUUCAUGUAGUGUAGGCCAACGAAAGUAUAAAAAACGAAACGAAAUGUAUAUCUGUACUUUAAUCAGAUUGAACUAUAUUUUAUUAAUUUCUACCAUAU